ACUCUUAUGAUGAACGUCUUCGUAAUGUUAUAGAAAAUGACCUACGAAAUACUUUUCCUCAUAUCAAGUUAGAUCGGGAUAUCGUUAUUCAAGAACUGGCUAAGGUGCUAGUUAUAAUUUGGAAACAUCCACAGGACGUUGCGUUCCAAACUCCAGAUAACCUGUAUAAUUUCAAGAAAAUCGAUCUUUGCCUUCCUUCUUAUGAAGCGAAUUCUAAAAUUAACUAUGAGAAUCCCUUAUACCACAAUUUGCAAUUUCGAGAAACUGUUGAUUUGGUUCAAGAUAAGAUUGAUAGUUACAUACAAGACAUUGUUGUUCUUUCCGGAGUCUCGGGAGGGGGGAAAACAUCAACAACAUUCGCUAUUGCUGCUGAACGUUGGGGAAUACAUAUGGACUGUUUUCCUCAAGCUGCAUUCUAUGGAAACCAUUUCGUUUUACAAGCUAGACAUAGCGCUCCUAUCACGUGGAUUGCUACUAAUCAAAAUGCUUGUACAAAAAAAAAUCCAAACACCAAAGGAUUGAUUGAACGGCUUUUCCUUUUCCAAGAUGAAGCGCAAGUUCUUUGUCGACCUGAAUAUGGAGGAUAUUUUGGAAGUACCACUAGAGGAAUUUCAUGGAAUCUUUUGCAGGCUUAUACUACUCACAUACUUACUGGUUUUCCAGUUACACACAUUAUUUCUGGCACUAAUAUGCAUAUGUCAAGCGGAGUUUCGCUAGUCACCAGUGUUGGAAAAUAUGGAAGUAUGCUCAAAGGACGACCCCGAAACUGUGCGGCAUUUAUAAAAUUGCUUACCAACCGACCCAAGCAAGGUAUAUCAAAAGAUAAAGAAAUAUUAGAAACUAUUGAGUUAUGGUACGAGGAAAUAUGCAAUACGAUGGUAACAUAUUUACGUACUGCUGCCGAGACUUUGGGUCCACAAAUCAAUCCAGAAAAAGCGAUUGUCGAUAUUCGAGUUUUUUAUACAACAAAUUACCAGCAUGCUAUUAGACUUCUCCAAUAUGGAAUUCUUCCUACCAAGUCGCCGGAUAGCAUUGCCCUUACCCCUCAAGAUGAUCCUUAUGAAACUACAGUCCAAAUCAAUCUGGAAUUUGAAGGCAAAACUUUGAUAGAUGUUUAUGUUGAGAACAUUUUGUGUCAUCAUCAGUGUCCUCAAUCAAUCGGUAGCGUGCUCGAUGCUGCUUUUGCAAUGGCCAUAAUUGAGAAAUGUGAUCAUAACGUGCUUGAAGAACUUGCAAAGUGGACCAACAAUUUAUAUUUUGUCUUUCCAGAAUGGAUUACGCCUGAGAUGUGGUUCGUUACGAACACAAUCAGUUUAAUAGUAUCUUUUGGUAGUGGAGGAUUCUAUCUUAUUAAGAAGCAAGCCCUCAAUGCAUGCCUGGAGUUUCAGUACAUGGAAGAAAAAAAGAGAAAAAAGAGGCCCAAUGAUGACACAGAAUGUGGAGUCCAUAGUAAGAAACCGAGGCUGUCAUUAAGGGAAUUUACUGAAGACCAAGACAAAGAAGAGAGAUACAUCGAAAUUAGCAUUGCUGAACCGUUGCAGGUAGAGAGUCAUAUCGAAACUCCACCUGCAACCAAUAUUGACGAUGAAAGCGAUCAUCUUGAUCAGGACAAAAACUUUGAUUUGGAUUAUGACAAAAUCCUCGAGUCUUACCAUAUAUCCAAAACUGCUAAGUAUGCGGAACUUCACAAAAAAAUCGCGGAACUUAUGAUAGUCGAUGAAAUUAACAGCAGUGUGGUUGUUAAAAGGAAAUGCAUUCGCGUUUUAGUUGAGUUUCCACGCAGAUCUAUGCCAAAAUCAACAUCACGGCCAGAUAUCUUUCGAUAUGACAAAAACGGUAAUCUCAUAGUCAUUGUUGAUGAUCGCAAUGUAGAACAAGUUUUUGGAAAAAGGAUGGCGAAUUUGGUGCAAAGUCUUGAGUAA